AUGGAAUUGUCUCACCGAGUAUAUUCUACGAAGUUCGAUGGACCCUCGCAAAAAGACUAUGGGGUUCGGGUCUAUUGGGAUUUGAACAGGGCACGUCUAUUGGACAGAGGACAAGCGAGAACCAUCUUUGACAAAAUCAGUAGUUCUCUCCGUAAGGCAGAUCCUCAGUUUAGGAUCUGCAUGCUAACAAUCUAUGGAGACUUUUCCUUGCAUGGGGGAGAUGCAAGAAAUCUCUUCCGAACGACAGACUUCCCACCUGAGGUCAUCGUGGUCUUUAAGCACCUCCCGGAAAGAGACGCCUUUUGUACGGACGAAGAAGAAAAAGAAUGUUAUAAAGAAAAACCAAAAGUCAAAGACUAUCUUCCCCACCACGUAUUGAAGCAGGACAUCAACAUACACACAUUGGCAAACAAACCACCGUUCAACAUCAUGAUUAUCACAUCUGACCCCGACUUCACACAUCUCAUCAGAAAACUACAUACACAGGGUUAUGUUAUGAUGCUUGCUUGUCACCGUGAUGCAGAGGCUUGUCUUGGAAAAUAUGCUUAUUACAAAUGGGAUUGGGAAUCAAUGAUGGACGGUGGUGAACCACCAGUUCCAGCCGCAACACAUUAUCUCGUCGACACCAAAAAACCGAAGAGAAAAUAA